ACAACGACUCUCGGAAUCGGUCUGCUGCGUCUCCAAACACAGAUGGCUAUAAAUUGGCGACGGGCUUGCCGGAGUUGCGCAGUCCCUCUUCGACACGUCCACCAUGGCGGCCAAGUUGAUGUUCACCGUGCUUGCUGGCCUCCUCGCCCUCCAGGCGGUGUGUGCGGAGUCUGACUCGUCGAGCGCGUCCUCCGAGGAGGUCGCUGCGACCAACAACAACAACAACAACAACAACAACUGGUGGAACUCCGCGUUGGGAGGCCUUUUCAACAGCAGGUUCGGUGGCAACCAGCAGCAGCAGCAGCAGCAGCAGCAGAGGCUCGGUGGCUUCAGCUUCGGCCUCAGCCAGGGCAGCAGCAACAACAGGAACGGCCAGCAGCAGCAGCAGGCUAGCCUCAGGCUCGGCGCUGCCCAGAACCAGAACCAGGCCAGGAAUGCUCAGCAGCAGGGUAGCCUCAGGCUCGGCGCCACCCUGAACCAGAACAGGAACGCUCAGCAGGAGCAGAGGCAGCAGCAACAGCAGCAGCAGGGUAGCCUCAGGCUGGGUGCCACCCUGAACCAGAACAGGAACGCUCAGCAGCAGCAGGAGCAGAAGCAGCAGAAGCAGCAGCAGCAGGGUAGCCUCAGGCUGGGCGCCACCCUGAACCAGAACAGGAACGCUCAGCAGCAGCAGGAGCAGAAGCAGCAGAAGCAGCAGCAGCAGGGUAGCCUCAGGCUGGGCGCCACCCUGAACCAGAACAGGAACGCUCAGCAGCAGAGGCAGCAGCCGGCUAGCCUCAGGCCGGGCCAGAGUCAGAACCAGGCCGAGAAGAAGACCGCCCCCCAGCAGCAGCAGGCUAGCCUCAGGCUGGGUGCCACCCUGAACCAGAACCAGCAGCGCAGCGGCGAGAAGUCCAGCGCCGUGAAGCAGGAGAAGCAGUCCCUGUCCCUGCAGGUGGCCGCCAAGAAGUCCAAGGCCGUGUCCACCGCCGACGUGCUGACCGUCAAGAGCCUGCACUGCGCCAGCGGCGAUGCCGCCAAGGUGACCGAGGCCGGGCGCCGCAUCGCCAACAGCCUCAAGGCCCUGCUCAGCAUCCGCGCCUCCGUGCAGUCCAACGAGGAGGAGUCCGACAUCAAGCAGGCCGCCUGGGUGUCCACCACCACCAAGCUCAAGAUCGCCAGCGAGCUGGUGGAGCAGGCCGCCGCCAGCCUGGAGAAGCUCCUCAGCGGCUCGGACGAUGAGUCUUCCUCCUCCUCUUCCUCCUCUUCCUCCUCCUCCUCCUCUUCCUCCUCUUCCUCUUCCAGCAGCGAGGAGGAGCCCAAGCGCAACCAGGACGACAAGCGCGACCAGGACCUCAGCAAGGAGCUGCUCACCUGGCCCUCCUCCGAGGAGGACGCUUCCAACUGGUGGUAGAGCGUGCAACGACUCACUCGUUUCGCAAAAUUCGUCCUCAAAUUCGGGGAAAUUUGAUCAAAACUUGGCAUUAAAAUAAAAUUGGAAUUGAAAAACAUCA